AUGGCUGAUAUCACCUACAUUUGCAAACGCACUGUUGUUAGCACAAAACCAGUGCAACCAGGAAAACACUGCUCGCUUUCAGUUUUAGAUCGCCUUAUGGAACAAAACCACCUAAGAUCUGUGUACUAUUUUCGAACCCCAGGAGGGAGGGAGCCUGGAGAAUUAACCAAGAAGCUAAGAGAGUCUCUGUCUGAAAUGCUUACAUGUUUUCCUAUAGUGACAGGCAGGCUGUUGAAGGACCCGAAAGGUCAUUGGAUGAUCAAGUGCAAUGAUGCUGGUGUAAGAAUGGUGGAGGCUAGAAUAAAAGGAAGUGUUGAAGACUGGUUAAAGAGUGUAGAUAGAGAGAAGGAGCUUAAGCUUGUUCACUGGGAAGAAAUGUACCAUAAGCCUUAUUUUUGGUCUCCCUUCUAUGUUCAGAUAACUGAAUUUGGAGAAGGUGGACUAGCAAUUGGCUUGAGCUGCUUUCACCUGCUAGCUGAUCCCACUUGUGCCACCAUGUUUGUUAAGGCCUGGGCCGACGUGACACUCACCGGGAAAAUGCUCAACCCUCCUCUUUUCCAUCAGCUGCCGCCUCGAAGACCCGGCAGGAAGAAUCCCAACCACGAGCCUUACAUGGAGUUGAUCAAUUGCUAUAAACCUAUUGCUGAUAAAAUAAAUUUGGUAACUGACACAAAGCAUGUGACUAUUGCUCUUGCAUUUUCGGACCCUAUGGUCCGAGCUUGCAUAGCAAAUGGUCAAGCCAUGAACGCAUUCGAUCAGUCUAGCCCGUCACCAUUCGAGGCACUGGCCGGGUUAUUUUGGGUUUGUAUAAGCAAAUUGAAAGGAGCAGGAGACGGUCUGAUAGACAUGUCUAUAUGUUCAGACAUGAGAAAUGUGUUGCACCUGGAUAAUGGAUUUUUCGGAAACUGCAUGGUAUAUAACAAAGUUAACUCAAAGUCCUUAAAAGAACACAAGUUAUCGGAUGUUGCUAAGGCAAUCGGAGAAGUCAUGGCAAAAAUGGACAAUGAUGGGAUCACUGACUUGAUCGAAUGGCUUGAACAUAAUGGCUAUCAAUCUCCUCCUCCGAUGAAUGGCUGUGAACUCAUGUGUGCUAGCUUGGAAGCCGUGGACCCCUAUUUAGCUGUGUUUGAAGAAGGAUUUGUCCCAAUCCGUGUGUCCUCCUAUGUGGAACCAGUCGUGGCGGCAGGACAUGUUUUGGUCCUUCCAUCGCCGCCAUGCGAGGGUCCAUUGAGCAGGACAGUCAUGGUUACACUCCCAGAAGAUGAGGCGGCUAGACUGUGUGAAGAUGAUCUCAUUCUGCAUUUCUCUCCAACUAUUUUAAUAGGGGUGAAUAAUUAA